GUUUAAACAAGCUCGCUACAACUAUAAUGGACAUUAUAUCUCUCCAAAAGAAAGCAAUGCAUGUGCCUUAGUUUCGGUGGAAAUUAGAGCGCCGUUUCAUCGCUCAAACGAGUCUAUCGAGGAACUAACUGUUCAUAAUACGAGUCCAGUGAUUUGUGAUGUUUGUAGUUUUAAAGUUUGAAUGUCUCAAUACUCAGGGUCAUCAGUGUGCCGCUAAGUGAUGCUUGUUCUUUUGUCUUGUUAAUGGAGUGUAUGCUUUUGCUGUGUCCUGCAGCUAAUCAGUCAGAUUGUCGGCCUUGUAGCCCACUCUCCAAGGAACACCAGAAAAACUGGAACAAAUAUAUUGACUUAUUGCUGUCGAAUUGGGAAGACAAGCUUCACCUUCCUACCUAUUAUCGCGAAUUGAAAACACACCCAUUUUGUUGUACUCCAGGUCCAGGUUAUUCAUGUCGUCUAAAUCUUAUUCACGAACCUCGCAAAGAACCUCGGCAGUUCUAUGAUCUCACGUGUGCGAAAGAUGACUUCUUUACUCCCAUUAAGUGUCAGCAAGACAAUGACAUUAGAUGUUGUUCUGAAAAGCAUUGUAAUGUUCCUUCUUCGGAGGAACUCAUGCUGCUUGUCAAGGACAAUCCUUCGAACUUAUAUCUUGUCGCUAUAUCUUUAUUAACCAUACUAUGCAUCAUCCUUUGUAUUGUAUCAGGGACUUUCUACUUCCUCUUGAGAAGAAAAUCAGUAGCCCGGCAAAAACAGAUCACUUCUCAGAAUGGUAUUACAUCUGAUCAUCUAUGGACAUCAGAUAAUAUUGAUAACCAAUACUUAAAGGGACCUGUGCAAGUACCAGACGCUUUAACUGUAAAUAAUACUUGUCCUGAAAAUGCAAGAGUAUUUUCCAAUGAUCCUUCUGCUGUUUCUGCCGGAAUAACUAGUCGUGGCGCUAGUAGUUUGAGCCAUUUUGGCAGUAGCGCUUUGGGAGCCACUCCUGGAAAUAUUAAUUCAUGUUCGAAUUCCCCUACUGGGGCUAUGACCAUCACUAGUUCGGGAUCAAAUUCCGCCAUGCCUACAACAGGUACUAUUCCUGCAGAUUUGAUGGACCACACCUGCAGUGGAUCAGGUUCCGGAAAACCUUUACUGGUUCAGCGAACAGUCGCUAGGCAAGUUCAGUUGGAAGAACGUAUCGGUGAAGGUCGUUAUGGUGUUGUAUGGCGAGGUGUUUGGCAAGGUGAUCUAGUAGCAGCUAAAAUCUUUUCUAGUCGGGAUGAACGCUCCUGGUUCCGAGAGACAGACAUUUAUCAGACGGUGAUGUUACGUCAUGCAAAUAUUCUAGGUUUUAUUGCAGCUGAUAAUAAGGAUACAGGACUGUCUACCCAAUUAUGGCUUAUAACUGACUAUCAUCCAUUAGGAUCAUUAUAUGAAUUUCUACAACAACAUUGUCUGACACCGUUUGCUCUUUUACGGGCCGUUGCAUCAAUUACCAAUGGUUUGGCACAUUUACACAUGGAAAUUACUGGGACACAGGGUAAACCUGCUAUAGCUCAUCGUGAUCUGAAGUCUAGGAAUAUCUUAGUUAAAAUGGAUGGUGAAUGUUGUAUUGGAGAUUUGGGUUUUGCUCUUAAAUUGGACUCAUCUAUGAAUACUGCAUUAGAAAUUAAUUCAAACUCAGAUCGUGUUGGAACCAAACGUUAUAUGGCUCCUGAAGUGUUAGAUAAUACAAUACGUUUAACAAGUCCAGAAGCAUUUAAACAAGCUGAUAUGUACAGUUUAGGUUUGGUAUUUUGGGAGGUUACAAGACGGUGCUAUGUUCGUAAUUUAUUCGGACCAGAUGAAUAUCAACUACCUUAUCAAGAUCUUGUGUCUGCAGAUCCUUCAGUAGAAGAAAUGAAGUCUGUUGUUUGUGAACAAGGUCUACGACCAGGUCUACCAGCUAUAUGGUCGAAACAUGAAAUUAUCCGAGCACUACAAGAUAUAAUGAGUGAAUGUUGGUAUGCUAGUCCAUCGGCUAGACUAUCAGCUAUGCGUGUUAAAAAAUCACUAGCUGGUGUACGUAAACAAUUAGAUACUAAUCCAGCAUUGUCAGAUUUUUCACAUACUAAUUAUCUACCUCCAGAAGCUACUGAUAAGCUUCCUUUUGGCAUAAUUCGUUGUCCAUCUGUGCCACGUAAUACUAUGAAUAAUACUAAUACUAAUACUACUAAUAAUAAACAAAUAAAUUUAUUACCAAAUCUUACAAGUACCAAUUCUGUUGGUACUACAGUUGGUAAUAAAUUACUCAUCUCAGGCAGUCAUAACAAUACAACUUAUAAUGAUAGUAAUAAUCCUUUAUUAACCACUACCAUCACUAUCACACCUCCAACAAUGCUUGAUAGUAAUAUUCAUCAUAGAAAGUGUCAAUGUAAUGAUGAUAAUAAUAUUUUAUAUUCAUCAUUAUUAUAUAACAAUGGAAAUAUUUCCUCAUAUUGGUCAAAUUGUGAAUAUGAUAAAUUAUUAUUAUUCAAUACACAUAAUAAUAAUAAUGAUAAUAAUUCGAAGCAUUUAUAGUCAUCAAUCAAUCUUCCUCCAUUAUAUUAAAGAAGAAAACAAAACCUGAUUAUUAUGAGUAGAUGGAGAGAAAUAAAGGAUAAUUGCACACUUAUUAUUAUAAAUAGUCUUAUAUACUUUCUCAGCUUGUAUUUUACUAUACUGAACUCUAUCCUAUGCAUAUAUAAUAUGCAUUUUCUCAUUCUUUGUUGUUGUUGUUGUCUCUUUUUUUUUCUGUCAAUGUGUAAAUGCUUGUAUUAUUACUAUCACUGUAUUGUGUAUUGUCACUAUUACUGAGCUCUUGUGUAUUGUUUCAUAUUUAUUGCUGUUUGUUAUUAUUUAACGCUUUGUAGAUUACUACUAAAGACAUGUGUAUAUGAUAUUUUCAUUCGAUUUUGAUUUUACUUUCAAACAGAAAUCAGCUAUUUUGUUGUUAUGAUAAGUAUGUAUGUAUGUAUGUAUGUGUAAUUGUAGUUUAUGUGUACAGUUCCACAGAUUGUUUAUGCUUACAUGUGCAAUCUUUAUUUCUUUCUUUUAUCGCACCACGACUCAACAGUCUUCUCGUAUUAACUUUCACUUUAUCUAUAUAUUGAUAUUAUUAUCAUCAUCAAUAAUCUAUUCCUAAGUUGAUCAGGUGUGUUUCUUUGUUUUAUGUAUUUUUCUUUAUCUCGGCACUCUUGGAAUGUCUUUCUUCGGGUUGCACACAUACAUUAUCUCUUCAUUAAAAUCACCCUCAAUACACUGGUUUAUAUUUUAGUUUUAUCCUAUAUCUGUCCUACCAAGUUGAAUUGCACAUAUACAUAUAAAACCUUUCCCUUGGCUUCAUUUAGCUUAGUUUAUGUGUACUAUGUAAAUUUGUGUUUCAUUUAUGAAAUAUCAGAAACAUUCUAAAAGUCGUACACUAGUUGACUAAGAAUAGAUUCGCUAAUUAUGCUGAUGAAUUAGAUACGAUAAUGUUGAUAAUGAUAGUAGAAUCUAGUUGUUCCUAUUACUAUUGUUAAUUACGUAUUUACACUGCAUUAUGCUUUUGUUUGUUAACAUUCUAUUUCGGUUUACCACAAACAAGAUGAAACAAUUCAGCAUAUAUAUAUAUAUAUAUAUACCCAUAUUUGUUUAAAAAAAUUAACUGCCAUGUGAUUCUCUUAUAUAUAUGUAUGUACGUAAGCUGACAUUUUAUUUUCACCGGUUUUAUUCCUUCUCUCAUGUUUUGGAUUGUCAUCGACACUGUGUAUCCUGGUUUUAUUUUCUUUAACAAAUGCCGGUUAUUGUUAUCCACUAUUAUUAUUGUUGUCAUCAUUGUUUCAUAUAUUGAUGCCUUUUCUUCACUUCUUUUAUUACUAUUUUAACUUGAUAACUUACCUAUGACGUAACACUAUGCUUCAGAAGUGAGUAGUUAUUUGAGAUUCCACUGUUGUUGUUGUUGUUGUUUUUCUUUCUUUCUUUUAUUCUCUUUUUUCAAAUUACUGGUGGUAUUUUGAAAUUGUUUUCUUUCUUUUCUUUUUUUUUAAUUUAUUUUAUUUAUCACAAAAUAAAUUUAUUUUUCUUAUGUAAAAUGUAAAUUUGUGUAUGUAUACACAAAAGAGAAAGUGCAUUAUGAUUAA